AUGUUCCUCUUCUCCAAAAAACACAAGACACCUGUCAGCACUUACACCGACUCCUACCGCCCACCACACUCUGUCAAAAAGGCCUAUCGAGAUGAGACUGCACGGCCGGUCUUCAAAGAAAACAAGUUUGUGACACAGGGAUUAACAGUGCCUCCAGUGCAAAAUCAGGCAAGCCAAAUCCAGCCCAAGGACCUGAUUAAGGCAGAAAUGCAGGAGUAUUACAGGAACACCAUCGACCCCAGUGCCUACUGGCCCCAGAAGUACUGGAUGACCAGGUCUGAAGAGAAGUACAACCCAGUUUUUGUCAACGAGGACAAGUACAUCACCUGGAGAACAGGUCCCUACAAUAGCGCAGCCUGGAAUAAGUACUCCACUUACCUCCCACUUCCAUCCAAGGAGACAAGGAUGAACAACUUACUGCAGAGCACACCUGUGCAGUAUCCCCCUAAAUCCACCUGCCUCAAUCAAACUGAGAGCGAGGCGGUCACCAGCAUGUUGCACAAGCAGCCCAUAUACACCAUGUCAGGGAGGGGACCCUUUCAGGGCUACUACAGCCCUUCCUCUGGAUGCCACUACUGCCUACGAGGGAUGGACUACUAUGUUGACGGGGCCCACACCAUCAGAAAGCAUCUUCAUUCACCAGAAGAGAGGGCUGAGUAUUCCGUGCUGCAGCUACAACCCCAGAAUGAUAUUCUGUACAUCUACCCAUGGUCCAGCAGCACCUUUAAUCGGCACACGUUUACUUUCAGGAUAUGGGACACAAGCCACUUCAUGACAACAAGACCCCAGAGAAGCAGCUACAUCAUCCACCCUGAGUUUGUCUCAGAGGCUUACUCUGCCCCGUAG